GUUUUCUCAAAUCUGUUAACUUUUUAAUAUGAAUUUGUAAUUUCUUUUUAGCAGUGUGCCAAAAAGGAAAACACAGAAUUAUUUCACCCUGUUAAACUGUUCAACUGAUAAAACGCAUGUGUUUCAGGUACAGAGGACGAUAAAAAGCAUGUCAAAAUAAACAAGUUGACGACAGUAUACAGCUCUUGUUUCGACACUCGAACAUGUGAAUGCUUUCACUUCAGCCUAAAGGCAUUUAUGAGUUCUUGUAAAUCACAUGAUCUGAAUGCUUCUCUAUAGUCCCUCCCAGCGGACACAAUGGCUGAUAGUUGAUCCAGCAUUGCUGAACAUGUAAUGCGGAUAUGGGUGUGGGUGGGUUAGUUUGAUCAUGCCACGGAAGCAGAGGAGCCCUGCAUAUAAGACUGGAACUCCUUAUCAAAUCAUAGACUAGGUAAACCAAGAGCACAACCAGCAGACAAACAAGCAAAGUGAGACACAGAUUCCAGUGAAAUUUAAAGAUGGGGAAAACACAGAGUGUCCUUGAGAAGAAAGGAUACACUACCCAGAAGGAGGUAGAGAAUGGUGUUAUCGCUACUGACAAACAUGGUGACCAGUUCGUCAUUAAAGAGAUCAAAUUGAAUGAGACAUCUGUCUCGAACUCCAGUGCUGAAGAAAUUGUCUCAGUGGUUGAAAGCCUCAGACAGAUUAGUCACCCCCACAUUAGACAAUGUAUUGGAAUUACAAGAGGAUAACUGCUACUAUAUAGUGACAGACCAUUGUGCAAAGGGAAAUCUCUCUCAGAAGAUACAAGAGCAGAUGACUAACCCUACAGAAGAGUACUCUGAGAAGAUUAUGGACUGGUUUGUCAAGAUCUGCAUGGCCCUGAAGCAUGUGCAUGACCAGGGCCUUCUUCACAGAGAACUGAGACCCCAGAGCAUACUCCUCACAGAAUUUGAAACACUUCGUUUGGGAGCGUUUGGAAGUGUCAAUGAAAAGACUACCAACGAGGAUGGAAUGGUGGGUUAUUUAGGCCCAGAGAUUCUAACUGGUGAAAUGUAUGACACCAAAAGUGAUAUUUGGUCCUUGGGAUGUGUGCUGUAUGAGUUGUGUAUGCUUCAGGGUGCAUUCACUGCGGAGAACACAAUCAACCUCAUCCCCCAAAUAUUGGGAGGUUCUUACCCAUCUCUCCCAGAGUGCUUCUCAUCUGAGCUCCGCGACCUCCUGUGUGACAUCUUCCAACAAAACCCGACCAUUAGGCCUUCAGCUGGUGACAUCAUGGCAAAACCCUUCAUUAUCAGUUUCAUCACAAAAAAGAGUGAGAAAACUGUGGCGGAACUCCAGACCACCUUGGAAAAGUUGAGAACUCUGGCAGACGGCUUGGAGAGUAUGCACAAAGGCACCACCAUAGGCAGUCUGACGGGAGGUGUCAUUGGGGCAGCUGGAGGAAUCACCUCUAUAGUGGGGCUCAUCCUGGCUCCCUUCACUCUGGGCGCCUCCCUGAUCGUCACUGGGGUAGGUAUUGGGGUGGCUGUCGCUGGUGGAGCCACAGCCGGAGUAUCGAACAUCACCAACAUGGUCAAUCAGUCCACCGACCGCCUAGCCAUCAAGAACAUCAUCAAGGAGUUCCAGGAGAAGAUGAACUCUGUGGUGACAUCUCUACAAGACAUCGCUGAGGGUUUGGAGACACUCAUGCAAAGUAGCUCUUCUCAGAUAAGACGUGCCGGUUUCAAUGUAGAGGCCGCUGCUAGAGCUGGGGUGAGGGCUGGGAAAGGCCUUGCGGGCACAAUAGAGCUCUUCAGACUACUCCGGGUGGCCAAUAUUGGCAAGGUGGCAGCCCAAACUGCCAGGGCAGUGCGUGUGGCAGAGGUGGCGACAGGAAUAUUUUCAGCUUUUUUUGUAGCGGUUGAUAUCUUCUUCAUCGCCAUGGAUGCCAGAGAGAUCCACAACAUCCGACAGGCGAAGGCGAAUGAACAGCCGGGUGACACCAGUAAGUUAGAAGUGAUGGACACAGACUCCACCACUGAGCUGAACCCUGCAUGUGAAGAACCAAAGGCUGAGGUCAAGUCAGAGACCAUGAAAUUCAUCCAGACGAUCAGACAGACAGCUGAACAGCUACAGGAGAGCCUGGAUGAACUGAGUGAUGUCAUCUCAUUCAUUCCUAAGAUAGAGGACUGUUACUUAGACGACUGACCUACUCAGUGAUGGUACGAGAUGCAUAAACAACAGAUCCAAUCAUACUUUAAUAUUGAACUUCUCUGUAAUAGACCGGUAUGGGCAGAUGUCCUUUUUGAUAGCCAGAAACUCACUUUCAUCCUUAAGACAUGGCUUGUACAACUCAGUUAUGAUAACUAAGUGGUACAGAUCAAAAUCUAUAUCACAGACAUUUCUACUUCUGAAAUGAUUCAUUUUAUAUCAUAACUGUCGGGAUUGAUUUGAUCUGUAUAUUAUUUUCAUGAAACAAAUUGUAUUAAAAUAGUAAGUAACUGCAAAAUGAUCAGUUUCAAUCUAUUAAUACAUGAAGGUGUAUGAUGAAUGUAUGGAAUUAUGUUAAUAAAACAUUGACUGAAAUGUUUCUGAAACAUUAUGCAUGAACGUUUCUUCAUGGUAAAAUAAUAAAGAUCAGUACAAUGCACCAAA